GAGGUGGUUUAGACACAUUAGAGACUUCCCUUCAACAGAGUUACUUACAGAUUGGGCUAAAAAUCCAGAGCCGAACUUUGCAAGCUAAAUAGUUGGCUUUGGUAACUGGCUUUGAUAACAAAGGACCUCUUGUAUAAAGCGGAGCAUUAUAUUUCACAUUGAAUUGAGGGCUCGGUUGUUUAUUUUACACACCGUGGAUUGUACUCUACAUACGUGUUCCAUCCCCGUCAGUCACAGAGUAACCAAGCAUUAAGAGAAAUUAAGCUCCUCUAACGACGCUUCUAUUCAAAUUGGCAGCAAAAAUCAAUUAGUUUACGUCUUUAUUACUGAUACUUUCAUUUCCUUUAACGACUCCACCAACCUGAGAAAAUCUGCUGGAUCUCAGAUUUCAGGUAAAACCAGAGGAUUUGUGAAUUGUGUGUGUGUCUCCUCUCUCUCUGUGGUGUGCAAUUUCACUUGCUUGUGGUGUUUUUAGUUUGUGCCCACUGAGACGAAUUUCUGUAAAGUGUUGCAAACCAAAGCCAGCGUGGCUAAACGUUGUUAAUAACCAACAAAGUUUGGCGUAAAAAUUCAUUAAGAGUUUAGGAUUUGGUUGGAGCCGCAAAGAAAAGAGCAGUAGAUUUCCUCAACAAAAAUCAGCAGCCUGCCAGUAAAUCCGUGAGAUUUGAAACUCCAAGGAUCUCUAAUUUUCGUGCCAUUUACAACCACACAUCAUUAAAAUGGACAUUGGGACAAUAUUUGUGAAGUACUGCCUAUGCCUCUUCAAUUUCGUAUUUGUGGUGUUCGGCAUGGCCCUACUGGGUUUUGGCAUAUGGCUCGUGGCAGAUCAGUCGUCCGUAGUCACCCUGCUCAAGUUUGCAGACCACGAGACCAUAAGGGAUUAUGGAACCAAUGCAACUGUGAUUGAACAGCUCGGCUACGUCCUGAUAGCAAUGGGAGCCUUCAUCUUCGUCAUCAGUUUUCUCGGCUAUUGUGGGACCCUAAAAGAAUCCAGACUUCUUCUUGGAGCUUACGCUUUCUUUCUCACCCUCAUCUUUAUUCUGGAGAUCGUCCUCGUGGUUCUCGUGGUCGUGUACCGCAAAGAGGCGGAAGGUGAGACAAGGAGCAUUCUCACAAUCAGUGUGCAAAACCACUUCUCUACUCGUGAAAGAGCAAAUGCUUUCACUGUGGCAUUGGACUUCCUGCAAGCAGAAGGUCACUGUUGUGGAAUUUCAAACUUUACGGAUUUCAGAAAUGCUCGCUUAUUCAAGGAAAAUUCUACUCGGGAAACACAGGUGCCUGUGUCCUGCUGCAAAUUGGCUGGCGAUCCAUUGAAAUUCAAUGCUAUAGACCCAAGCUGCACAACGAGUCCAAAUGAGGGAAACUCAUACCUGUUCAAUGGAUGCUUCGAUUCUUUGGUAAAGCAAUUGAUGGAUAAGUUCAACUUUGCGAUAAUUGCCGGUGUGAUAGUGGCCCUCUUACAAAUUAUUGGGAUCGUCUUUUCGAUUUGUGUCUUUAAAGCAGCGUAUUAUGAUUACAAGUGAUUCAUUUGUGUCGAGUCUAUGUAUCAAUCAGCACUAUUAUUUUACAAUAUUCGCAAUGUUUAUAAUUUAGCGUAAGAAUGUGUAGACCCUCCGAUAUUUGUUAUGGUUUGUUGGUUAUCCUUUCAUGAAUAUUGUCCACUUUACUCAAAUAGCUUUUCUUAGAAUAUGUAAAGUUCUGUGUAUUUUCUUGCAUGCAUCCAUUCCACACACACUUGUUGUGAAUCGCUCUUUAUUAAGUAGAUUCACCAAAUAGAUAAUAUUUUAUAGUUGAGCUAAUUGAAAACCUCGUCAGUAUCCAAAAAGAGCAGCAAGCAAACUGAACUGAUGUAUAAGUAUAUGUAUAGUGUAAUCGUAUUGCUGUAUUACCUGUAGUGUACACAAUCAACCCUGUCACAUGUAAUUAAACUCCACAAACAAGCAUCAAUCAGCGAACAACAGUGCUGUAAAAGUGAAAUUCCCCCAAAGUUACUGGGAAUGAGAUUUCUAUUUUCAAGUACAAUGCAAAGAAAUUUUGAUUAGAUAAUUAUUACGAAUGUACAGAAUAGUACAUAUUUGUGGAAGUGGCAAUUAUGUAUUAAAUCCUAUCUGCAUAAGAUAGAUUAUUCUGGAGCGACAAAUUGUAUUCAUGCAGAAAUUUUGCUUAUGACAUUCAAUUAACGAGUAAUCAAUUACAAAUUAUGUGAAAUCACUUAUGUGUCAUGUGUAGCUAGCUAUCACAAAGUUCGAAUCGUCGAACUGCAACAAUAUAUUUGUAUUUGUAAACCUUUCAACAUAUUAUUAAGUUACACAAACAUAUUUGAACUAAAUUUUGGAUUAUUAAUUUAUAAAUUGAUUUGUUCCGGCACAUACACAACAGAGCUGUCCCGAAUGACAAUAUUGUUGUUUGGUGGUUAAAUUGUAAUAACGAAAAAACAGCGGCAUAAUCCAUGCAAUAAUCAGUUUAUUUUAAUCCUAUUAUUAUUAUGUUUAUGUUUACGUAGAUUGUAAUAGAUUGAAUAAAUUACUAUUUAAUAAUUUUAUUAUUAAGAGUUUUAAUUGAAGCAACCAUGAUAAAUAUAAAUAAACUUAAUGGGUGUAACCUUUUUUAUUAA